AUGGAGGCUGCGGGGCCGCCUCAAGAUAGGAGGUGCUGCUGGGAGGCCCUGAGGAAAAUCUUCCCUCGCCUCUGCUUCCACCGCUCCCUGGUGACAUACGCGCUGGUGGGUGCCGCGCUCUUCUCAGCCAUUGAGGGCAGCCAGGACCUGGGGGCAGAUGACCCGGAGUUUGAGGAGUUCCUGGAGAAGCUCUGUGACAUCUUGAAAUGCAACAGAACAGUUGAGGAAGGUAGGAAGCGGGGUCUCGGGAAGCUGCUGCAGAAGGUGAAGCCCCAGUGGUUUAGCGGGUCUGCAGACCGGUCCUUCCUGAGCUCACUCUUUUUCUGCUGCACAGUGGUGAGUGCUCUUGUACAAAACACAACCUGCAGGGUACCUGCCUGCCUGGGUUCCUGGACUCGGGGGCAACCAAACGUGGUCAGUGCGACGCGCUCAGGGGAAAGGAAGUGGCAGAAGGUCUCGUUAAAGUUUUUUGAGCAGGGGAGGGGGGAGAGCAGCCGACAAUCCCGGGCUCUGUCCUCCUUUUCAGGUUACGGCAACACCUACCCUGUCACCAGGCUUGGCAAGCACCUGUGCGUGCUCUGUGCUCUCUUUGGCGUCCCCCUGAUGUUCCUGGUCCUCUCAGACACAGGCGACAUCCUGGCAACCAUCUUAUCCAUGUCCUACCACCAAUUCCAAAAACCUUUCCUCCCCCCUCCCCUUCCCAAGUGGCGCUCCGGACCCGCCUGCGAAAGAAGACCUGAUACCAAUCCCGUAGACGAAGCCAUCCCGAGGAUUGCCAUCAACGACCCAGAGCUCCCGAGCCCCAAACCUGCCCCCUCAAUCCCAAGCAGCAACAUGGAGCUGUUCAAGAGACUUCUAGCACGAGAGAAAGGGAACACACUGCAGGUGCCCCCUCAGGCCAUGGAGGGGAGCUCUUCGUGUCCUGAGCUGGUGUUCGGGAGACUCUCGUACUCCAUCAUCAACAACCUGGAUGAGGCGGGGCGGCAGGAGGAGAGGCUGGACAUCCCCCUCCCCAUCAUCGCCCUCGUGGUCGUCGCCUACAUUUCCUGUGCAGCUGCCAUCCCCCCCAUCUGGGAGAAGCAGCUGAACUUCGAAAAUGCCUUCUAUUUCUGCUUUGUCACGCUGACCACCGUUGGGUUUGGGGACAUUGCUUUCGAACAGCCUCUCUUCUUCUUGUUCUUCUCCAUUUAUAUCAUCGUUGGGAUGGAGAUUGUGUGCAUGGCUUUCAAGUUGGUGCAAAACAGGCUGAUUCACAUCUACAGAAAUGUCGUGCUGUCCUUUGCAAAUGGAAAGUGUUACAAUCCUGUUAAAAAGUGA